AAAAAUACUAGUAUUUAUAACUUAAUUGCAUAUUUUGCUUACACUCCAUAUUCACAUCUUGGAGCGGCAAAAAGUAACCCAAAAAUUUUGAAUCUCCUCUUCUCUCACUCGCUCACUCACACUGAACUCCCAAUUUCUGAUGGCUCUCCGGCGAUUCCUCUAUUACUCUCUUUCAAAAGCUUCAAUUGGGUCACCGUAAUCUCCAGAUCUGAGUUCACUCCUGUUGAAAAAUCGGGUCUUUUUGGCAUUUGGGUGCUCCAAAUAUCAUAAUUUAGGGUUUCCUAAUGAUUCUUUUUGUUGUUGGUUUUCUCAUGAGAUGAGAAAAGAGCAAGAAGAACCGAGCAGCAGCGGGUUUCAUAAUUUACAACCACAUCGAGACCUCGAAUCGAAUUGGGGGGUUGACGUGGCCAAAAAUUUAGAAGACUAUUUGCUUAAAAUCUGUUCUGGUGAAAUUGCUGAUGAUGCUCAUUGCCUUUCUGUCAAUUUUGCUGAAGCUGCAUUGCUGCUUCAGGGAUCAGUUCAGGUUUACAGCAGGAAGGUUGAGUAUCUGUAUUCACUGGUAUUACAUGCCUUGGAGUUCAUUACCCAGAAAAGCGAACAGGACCACCCAGAAAGCGCAUCAGCACAGGCAGAGGAAAAAUCUAAUGAUGAAGAGAAUGAUCCAUUCUGGGUCUCAGAAGAAAUCCCUGUGGAAGCAAAGAACAUGCUCGAUAGCGCAACCCAUAGGGAUUCUUCACUGACCCAGUUAGUGAAAGCCCCUGCAAAUCUGGUUGUCUGUGAAGGUGAUUGCCUGGACUCUACUGGAGAUUCAGGAGAACUAGAGUCUUACUUGCUGGCUACAUGUGAUCUUUACCAAGAUUUUAUUCUGUUGGACUCCUGUGAUGCUGUAGCAGUGGAUAAUUUUUUGAACAACGAUGAUAUUGCAAGGAAGGGGCUAAACAAUAGCUGCAGGGGUGGUUCUGUAGGUUCCAAACAUCGAAAGAGCUUUCUCUCUCCCACUAGAGUUUCUGAGAGCACUGCCAACAAGUUUUCAGCUCAAAAGAGCCACGAUGCUAAUUUUUGUAUGUCACCAAGGGUUGAGCCUGAGUUUGGUCCUGCAAGUUAUAAUGGUGAUUGUAACAUGCCUGAUAAUUACCAUAAUGGUAAUUGUGAUAGUCCUGAUAAUUACGACGAUGGACAUGGAGGUGAAGAUGGAUACCCAGAACCUAGAGAUUCAGAUGACUCAGACGAUGAAGACCCAUGGAAACCCUUGAAUCCCCAUGAACCUGGCGAUUUGAAAGUAAAACCUUACAGAAAAGUUAAUUUUAGUAGAAGGCAGGGUGUGGAUUCCAGAAAACGUGCAUCUUUGACUACAGAGUUUACACUUGCAAGAUUACAUGGUACCACCAGUUCAGACCUCAAUGAUAUAUGGGACAAAAAAUAUUGUGCCAUGAAAAAGCAGGGAGACUCACAAUCUCCUCCUCCUUAUGAGAAGCUGCGAGAAUCACUUAUAAGGGGGGUGAACGAAGAUUAUGAUGACCUGUUUAGUCCUAAGGAAAACAAUGAAGAAAAUGAAUAUGAUAGUGGAGAUCAUGAUUUUGGGCAACCUGAUUACGACGUACCAGAAUUGGCAGAUGCGAAUGAGGAUGUAGCUCAACACGGUGAAAAGCAUAAAGAUUAUGAUUCACCCUUUGACAAUGGCGCUCAUGAAUAUCCCGAUGCUCAUAACCUUGAAGAUCUAUGUCGCUCCCACUUA